AUGGCCGCAGCACCACAAUAUGGUAACUAUGCAGAAAUCCAAGAAACAGGAGCGCGCAAGAGAUGUAAGGUGGAUGGGCAGGAGAUAGAGGUAACUUUCUCUCGAGCUUAUAUUGAUGGCAUGGAUUUUGUGAUCAUGGACAGCCCUAUGUCUUGCAAUAUUGAGAAAAAUAUAUAUGGGGGAGGCCGAGGGGAUAUUUUUAAACGCAUGGUUCCCUUCUAUAAGGCUACUCUUGAGGUUCUCCUUUGUGAGUAUACCCGGUGCGUUCCCGUGAUCCACAACAUAGCACACCGGGGCCGCGGUCCAGUACGCGAUUUUAGUUAUGUAGAUCUUCCACAAAACUACUUCAAACUAUAUGACCCAGGAGGCGGGGAACACUUCAAUGCCCUUGCGGCUGGAUUGAGUGUAGCAGAUCGUGUAGUCACUGUAAGCCAUGGUUACGCCUGGGAGCUAGAAACUAAAGAAGGUGGCUGGGGUUUGCAUCAAAUAAUCCAGCUUUAUGCACUGAGAUACGGAGCAGUCCCUGUUGUUCAUACUGUUGGGGGACUGAGAAAUAGUGUGUAG